ACUGGUAAUUCUUCCAGAGACAUACUUAACCUUAGGCAGGUAACUCUAUGGUAAUGAGAUCUUUCUCACCAACACAAGCUGCUAUUAGGAAUUUCUCAUAUUUUCGCAUACUACAAUUCUUCUGUUCCUCUCCAAUUCGGAGUAAAUCCACAUUUGCGGUCACGAAUAAUAAAAAAGUAAAAUAAACUUCAAACGCGGCGGCAAUCCCCAAUUACUACCGACAAGAAACUUCACAAAACUUUAUCCACCAUGUCCGAUUACGACUCGGGAGAUGGCCUUUUUCAAGGAGUAGAUGUAGAUAACCUGACGGCAGGAAAGAAACGUGGACAUUCUUCUGACGAUGAAGAGAAUCAUCAAGCGAAGCUAACCAAACAGCUCAAAGUACAUGAUGCAAAACGCAACGACACAGCAUUCCUUGGAGAUAUUGCCAAGUCGAUUCUAAAGGAAAAGUUUGGCUACGAUGACUUCCGUCACGAGCAGUUCUCUGCCAUCAUAUCCAUCCUGCAAAAGGAGAAUACCCUCGCAGUCUUUCCCACGGGCGCUGGCAAGUCGCUCUGUUAUCAAAUACCUGCUCUUGCUUUCGAAGAGGUAGACGCUGUGGAUGGUAACGAAACUCGCACCGGGCCGGGACUUAGUAUCGUCGUUUCGCCCUUGAUUGCUCUUAUGAAGGAUCAAGUAGACGCCCUAUUACAAAAAGGCAUUGCUGCCGCUUCUCUGGACUCUACCAAGGCUUACGAACAGCAGAAGCAGAUCAAUGCUGGUAUCAGAGAAGGCCAUCUGAAAUUACUCUACUGCGCACCCGAGAGGCUCAACAACGAGGGCUUCAUCGAGAGCAUGAAACAUGUUCCGGGAGGCGUUCGGCUAGUAGCCGUCGACGAAGCCCACUGUAUCUCAGAAUGGGGCCAUUCUUUUCGUCCGGAUUAUCUGAAGGUGGCCCGCUUCAUUCAAGAGAUCCAGGCUGAAAGAGUCAUCUGCCUGACAGCCACAGCGACGCCUCGCGUUAUUGAUGAUGUUGCAAAGGCAUUCAAGAUCAAGAAGUCCAACGUGUUUUGCACUUCUCCCUAUAGACCAAAUCUACGUCUAUUAGCCGAGUCCGUGGAUACAAAGAUGGACAAGUAUCCAAAGAUAUUCCGUUUCUUGCGAGAACAUCCCGGGCCUACUCUUAUAUAUGUGACUCUUCAGAAACAAGCCGAAUCGCUCGCGGAUGAUCUAGGAAAGGAAGGCUUUAACGCAGUCGCAUUCUCCGCCGGUCUCAGAAAAGAGGUAAAGACUCAAAUCCAAGAAUCCUUCAUGGCCGAUCGCGUACCGAUAGUUGUCGCUACAAUUGCCUUCGGCAUGGGUAUUGACAAGCCCAACAUACGAAACGUUAUCCAUUUCGAUCUUUCUAGCACAGUUGAAGAAUAUUCGCAGCAGAUCGGUCGCGCGGGAAGGGAUGGAGAAACGAGUCAUUGCAUGUUUUACAUUUGUCCCGAUGACUUUUACUUAACAGAGAACUUCGCUCGUGGCGACUUGCCAUCACGGCAAUCGCUGCUUCGGUUGCUAGAAGACCUAUUCCUGCGGAAAGUCGACCGCACGCAGGACGGCGAUGUCAUCAGACUUAAUCAAACUAGCUUGGGUCGAGACCACGACAUCCGGGCAGGUCCUCUGUCUAUCCUGCUGGCGACACUAGAGCUUCGAUUCGGCCUAGUCAGGGCAAUUACUCCGGAAUAUUCUUCGUACAAAUUCGAAGCAAUGCCCCAAUACCAGCAUCAUGCCAAAGCAGACUCUUCUAUCGAAGGCAAAGCCAUCUAUAAGCACGCCAAGAAAUCCCGAUAUGGCAAGUUGUACAAAGUCGAUAUCAACGAAAUCGUAAGGUCGAUGGGGCUGCUACGUACCGACUUAGUGAGGAAGCUCGAGGAGUACAACGACAACAGUAUCAUCAUGCUAAAGAAAAGCGGAGUCGAGAACAAGCUCAAGAUCCUGAAGCCACUCCCCAAGACUCCGGGUCAAAUCAAAGCCAUCGCCGAUAAGCUGUACGUCGAUAUGGAAGCUCGGGAGGAGGAUGCCAUGCGUCGAACCCAGCAGGUAGCCGACCUGAUAACAGGCGACAAAUGCUUUGCUAUAGCCCUAGCCGAGCACUUCGGAAUGGGGCUCCCCGGCGGGAAAGUCAAGUGCGGGCACUGCUCCCACUGUCUGACGGGGAAGCGCGUGAUAUUACCCCCAAGGCCCACACCGGCUGUCGACAUCGCGGGCAUCCAACGGGUUCUUGAGGGCUGCAGCGUACGGGACGACCCGAGAUUCCUAGCGCGCGUGGCCUUCGGCAUCAAAAGCCCGCGGGUCAUGCAGCUUAAGCUCCACCAGAAUAGCAUCUUCAUGUCGUUGGCAGACCACGACUUCAAGUCUUUAUUACAAGAGUUCACCCGAGCUUGCGAAGCGGCGGGGUAUAAUAAGUAAGAAAGAAAGAGAGGGCCGAAGUCUAUCAGGGGUCUGUUUUGUUUUGAUGCUUGGUUUUUCUUUAAAGGUACCUAGGUGAUCAAGACAGGUUAAUAGAUUGAGAGGCAAGAUGUAUGUAAUGUAGAUGACGGAAUACCAGGAUGUUCUAAGGUAUGGUAUACCUUACCUAGGUACCUCAGGUACGGUUUAUCGUGACAUCCUGCGCCAACUAAUGAUAUCUGACGAUGUACGAUUAGAUUAAACGUCACUCGUUAAUAUAGAUGCUUUUUCUCGCCGGUUGAAUCAUCAGCCUGGAGAAGAAAGGCAAAAUUCCCUAACUAACUACCUAGGUACCUGUUUUUGUGUAGUUGGAGAAAUAUCACAAAGUGCAUUCUGGCGGUCAUAGCACAGGGGUUCACUCAGUUACG